CCUGGGCGGCUAUGCCUCGAUUGGUAGGCGCAUUUUGCGUUUCCGCCCUUUCCGGCUUCAGGUUCAACAUAGUUUAUAGAGAAUCAAGGGCUGGUGAUGAUUGGAAUAUGUAUGUUUGACACCAUCACUUUUUAGGGUGUCCUUGGUGUGCCUCGACAUGGAAAGUAUACGCUGGGCAUUUUCAUACCGCGCCUGGGCCCCUUGCUGCGAGGAAUGGUUGUUAGCCAUGCGCCUUGUGCAGCCUGAAGAGAAAAAGCGCAUUGAACAGUUCGUCUUUGGUCGGGAUGCGAAAGCUGCUAUGGCUGGCCGCCUGAUGAUAAGAAAACUGAUUGCUGAAAGGCUGAAGAUUCCUUGGAACAAAAUACAGUUACAAAGGACUUCACAAGGCAAACCUGUCCUUGUAAAUGCAUUAAGCAGCAGCCAGUCCAAUUUCAGCUUUAAUGUUUCUCAUCAAGGAAAUUACACUGUACUGGCAGCUGAACCUGAUUGUCAGGUUGGCAUUGAUAUUAUGAAGACCACGAUGCCAGGAAGUGGUUCAAUUCCUGAUUUUUUUCAGCUUAUGAAACGGCAGUUCACAGAAGAAGAAUGGCGAGUUAUCAAGUCCAGGAAGAACGAAUGGCUUCAGUUGGAUAUGUUUCAUAGGCAUUGGGCAUUAAAAGAGAGCUUUGUAAAAGCCAUUGGUGUUGGAAUAGGAUUUGACCUUCAAAGGAUAGAGUUUAAUGUGUCCCCAGUGGAGCUGGAAGUAGGAAAAACAUACAAUGAAACUAUUGUACUCUUGGAUGGUGAAGAAGAAAAGGAGUGGACAUUUGAGGAGACCCGGUUAGAUGAUUGCCACCAUAUUGCAGUUGCUCUCGGAAAAUCAGGAGAAUUUGGAAAAUACCAUUCUGGGAUGAUUCCCAGCCAUAAGCCUGCAUUUACAAUAUUGACUUUCAAUGAUCUAGUCACCUCUGCUAUUCCUCUUGCAUCAGAAGACCCUGCUUGCUGGGAAAGCUUUUGUUCUAGACAGGAAAUGCCAACAAGGCAGAGUUGCACUCCGAGAUGAGAGAAGCUGGGUUUACUGAAAAAGAAAUUGAAAGCUUUCAGAGGCUGCAAAUCAUUAUUUACACCAACAGCUAAUUGGUGUGGAAAUGUAUGGGGCGAGAGGGAGAGCAUUGGGAGGGGGUUAAAAUUGUUUUUCUUACUAUGCACACAUUUGUAAAUAUUUUCCCAUAUCUCUCGGAUUUGAUUUAACUGUUCUUUGGCUUAACUCGUAUAAGUGGCUCCUUCUUCUUUCUCUGUAAUGAAAGAAUUGAUAUAUUUCUAUUGACUCCUACACACGAAUCAGGGCAUGCACUAAUUUUUUGUUGUUGAAUGGCCUGUGUAAUUGCAGGAGAUAUACAGGAUAAGGGUUGCAUGUCUACUUUUUCAUAAAAGAAAUAUGCUGAUAAGGUAUUAUGUUCAAUUUCCCCAAUAAUCUCAUUUUUUUCUACUGUAACUCUUAUAUAUUCAAAUGUACUACCCUAUCACAUAAUGGAAACUACUGGAAGAAGAAAAGUGCAAGGCCCUGUUAACUAUUUCCAUUCCAGGAUAAUUGGUAAGUGGUCUCUGGUUACCCAUCAUGACAAAGAAGGGCUAAUGAUUGUGUCCUAUAAUAUUAAGGGAAACACUUGGACCUCAUGCAGGCCUGUCUGUAUAACUUAAAAUGUCGCCAAGGUUAGCAUAUCUAAUAAAUGUGGAUGUGAGAAAGGAAAUAAACGCAGCUGCUUUUGAGUUAUGUAUUUCCAGGUAGUGACAAGAAGUAAUGAAAACAAACUCCUGUAUAACAUGUAGCUUAAUGUCUCUUGAGUUGUCUUGUGUUUUACACCUUCUAUUCCUGGACUAUCUCUUUUUCAGUACUGAAACUGCAUGUAUAUGUUCCAAGUCUAGGAAAUGACCCUGUCCCUUGGAUUGCAGUGGAGCCCUAGACAUGCCAAUAUUGGGUGGAAGUUCAACCAGGAAGAGAAUCUUGAGUUGCUUUCAAGUCUUAAGUACAUAGAGUGUCUGUACCUGGGUUCCAUGUCCAGUCUCCAAAAAAGGUUCAAAGGACAAAGGAUAUGAAAAAUAUGUUAUUGAGAAUUAGCUAUUGUCAGUCAGAGUAGGCAUUAUGAGUGUAGAUCUUAAGCCAUCCAAUGGGACAUCUCUGAACACUAUUAUAUUCCAUGAAACUUCUUUAGGUUUGUAUCAGACUUAAUAAUCCAUCAUUUUUUAAAGGUUCUUCUGGUUCAAAAUAGAUGAACAGUACCAUUCUCAACCAUAAUUUCUAUUUUCAAAGAUGUCCCUCAGCCUUAUAUAAAACCAGAAACAUUUAGGCAAAACCUAAAUUGGAGGUGAGGGAAUGGCCUCACCAGUUUGCCUUCUGUUAAAUGGAAAUUUUGUUAUUCAUUCCACUCACUAUGACAUUUGUAAAGGCUUCAUAAUCUCAAAAUUCUAAAUGUACUCAAAGACCCCAAAAAGAUAUGACUCUAGAUAGACCAAUAGAAGACAGCAAGGAAGUUUCAGUGUUCUUCAGUACCAUGGAGAGAUCCUGGAGAGUAGAUGACAUUCUUGGGCCCUAGAUAGGAAUUGAACUUUUCUACCAUCAAAUGCCAUCACCUUCAAAAGCCUAAAUGUCAUAAAUUUCCAAUUGUUUAGCAAAAUUUGAGUUGGGGAGGGAUUGGGUGCCAAUAAAGAUUGUAACCCAUCAGGAGUGGGGUGUCUGCAGGAUAUUAUAUUUAUCCUGAUACUAUUGUAUCUUUCACCGGGUUCUGCCAUCUUUUUAUUUACUGGCUAGUAUACUGGCUGGUAUUUUAAUGUAUUGUAACUCUUGGAUUUUCUUCCUUAGAGAAUACAGAUUAAUACAGUGUGAUGGGACAUGACCUUUAUACUUCCCCUCUGUUGAUGCAAUUUAGAACUGUAUUGGCUUUUUUGGCAUCUGCGGCACACAGCUGGCUCAUAUUAAAAUGAUUGUCCACUAGGACUCCUAGAUCCCUCUCACAGUUAUUGCUCAUGAGCCAUAUACACCUAUUCUAUACCUGUGAAUUUGGUACAUUAAACAAAAUGAUAAGUGUAUUUCCAUACUGGUUUUAUAUCUGUUUUCAGAUUAUAAUCAGAUUGUCAGGGGACUUACUGGUUUGCAAUAAAUCAGGUUUUUUAAAUAUAUAAAUCCAAGGCUCACUGAUACAAUUUUAGGGUUGAAAAGUCAUUUAAGC